AUGUGGACGAAGAGCUUAAAAUCGUUUCUCUUGUUUUGCUUAAUAAGCGCACACCUGAAUUUUGUCUUCAGGAAAGACAAACACUCCCUAGGAGGACACCUUGCGACAGACAGAACUCCAAACAAUGACCCCCCUUUACGAAAUCGGAUGCUUCAAGAAGAAGCCAAGCCCUACUGCGACCAGUGGACAGAAUGGUCCAAUUGUUCAAAGACCUGCGGCAUGGGAGUCAAACUGAGGGUUCGAACCAGCAGCAAAAAGGAACACUCUCGAGAAUGCUCCAACAUCACAGAAAGUGCAGUUUGCCUGAUGGACAAUUGCAUAGAGUUGCUCGAUGCAAGAGAGCGAGAUGAAAAAGAAGUAAAAGAAAAUGAGAAAAACCGUUCCAGGAGGAAGUAUCUCCUAAUUUUUAGCCUCUUCUCAGGCAUAAACGUAGUCAUACUGCUCGUAUGCGUAAUUAUGUCCAUCAAGAAAAAAGUCAUCUAA